AUGGAGUUCGACCUCGGUCGGAAUCUGUCCGCCCCUGCACCGGGCAUCCUGCCCAUCGCAGACUCGCGAUCCUAUACUGUAACUCUAACCGCUCUAUGGAUCCCCAUCUUCAUUGCAAUCUCGCUACUGUGGUAUGGACGACUGGAGAGUCCCCUGGCUCAUGUGCCCCUCGUGUCCACCGGGAAGUCCUCGUUCUGGGAUAUCGGCCACAAAAAGGCCAAAGAGAGCUUCGCGGCCAAUGCGCGCAAGAUUGUUGCCAAGGGGUUUCAGCAGGUUGGCAACACGAAGCCGUUCAGGGUCAUCUCCGAUCUCGGGGAGAUGCUGGUCCUGCCGCCCUCGAUGGCGGAUGAAGUGCGGAAUAUCGAUGCGCUCAGUCACGGGGAGUUCAUGAAAGAGUCCACAUGUGCGGAAGUCCAUGGAUUCGAACCGUUCUUUCAAUCCACAGGGCAUAGUCUGUUGGCUGAUAUGACCAAGACAAAGUUGAUGGGGUCGCUGAAACAGCUGACGGACCCUGUCAACGAGACAGCGAGCCAAGCGUGCAGAGAUCUGUUCCCUGAUGACGACGAGUGGCACGAAGUGGUCCUCAAAGACAUUCUCCUUGAGAUCAUCGCCCGGAUGUCGUCAACCAUCUUCUUGGGCGAUGAGGAGGUCCGUCAUGACAAGACCUGGCUCCGCCUCACCAAGGAAUACACAGUGGACUCCUUUCUCGCCGCGCACCAGCUGCGCACCUAUCCGCAAUUCCUCUGGCCUGUCCUGGCCAUGCUCUUCCCGCAGGCGCGCAAGGUCCGCGACCAGCUCCGGCAGGCCGAGGCGAUCAUCCGCCCGCUCAUCGAGCGGCGACGCGCCGAGAAGGCCGCCGCGCUGGCCGAUCCGAGCAUCAAGCUGCCAGAGCGGUACGACUCGAUCGAGUGGCUGGAGCAGACUUCUCAAGACCGCAAGAUCCCGUACGCCCCCGUAGCGAUGCAGCUGACGCUCGCGCUGUCGGCCAUCCACACUACCACCGACCUCAUCACAACGACCAUGUACGAGCUCCUGCGGUGCCCGGAGGCGAUUCAACAUCUGCGGGAGGAGGUGGUUUCCGUCAUGGGGAGUGGAGGGAUCAAGCAUUCAGCGCUGUAUAACCUCAAGCUCAUGGACAGUGUGAUCAAAGAGGCGCAGCGAAUCAAGCCUGCUUUAUCAAUCAACAUGGUCCGCAAAGCCACCGCAAACAUCACUCUCCCCGACGGUUUCCGCAUCCCCAAGGGCACUAUGCUGGGCGUCUCGCACCACGGCGCGUGGGACUCGGCCGUCUUCCCCGACGCCGACAAAUUCGACGCCUUCCGGUUCGUGCGGCUGCGCGAGCAGCCCGGCAACGAGAACCGGUGGCAGUUGACCACCCUCCGGUCGGAGCAUAUUGCCUUCGGGCAUGGGCUGCACGCGUGUCCGGGGCGGUUCCUGGCAGCGAAUGAGAUUAAGAUCGCUCUGUGCCAUUUGCUGAUGAAGUUUGAGUGGAAAAUUGCUGGGGAGGUGGAGCCCAGGAUCAUCGAGAAUGGGAUCUUCUUGGAUUCAGACCCAGGGGUUAGAGUCUUGGUCAGGAGGAGGAAGGGGGAAGUUGAGGUUUAG